AUGAACCGCCUCGACGGCAAGAUGGGCCAGUUCGCCGCGCGCGCCAUCGCCGCGAACAAGACGCUCACGUACCUGGACCUGCGCUACAACAACAUCGACGACGACGGCGGCGUCGCUCUGGCCAAAGCGUUGAAGAAGAACGAGUCGCUGACGCUCGUGUCCCUCGCGCAGAAUCGGCUGGGCCCGAACGCGGGCGACGCGCUCGGGUCGAUGAUGCGGCGGAACAUCACGAUCCGCACGUUGAACUUGGCGGACAACCAGCUCGGCCCCUGCCUCUCCUACAGCAACGAGUACACGCGCGACUUCCUGCCGUCGUCGGGCCCGAAGAUCUGCCACGCGCUCCGCGUCAACGGCACGAUCACCGCGCUCGACGUGUCGAACAACCGCCUCGGCGCCGACGCCGCGCAGGCGCUCGACCAGUCGUUCCGGCGGAACCCGCAGUCGGCGCUCCGGACCCUGGGCUUCGCGGGCAACGAGCUCCGCGCCGACGGCGGGAAGCACCUGGCCCACGCGCUGCGGAGCCGCGUGCAGCUCACGCACCUGGACGCGUCGCGGAACCGCUUCGGCGCGGGCCUGUGCGCGGGCGUCGGCGUCGCGUUCGCCGCGGCCCUCAAGAAGAACCACCACCUCGUGCACCUCGAUCUGAAGGAGAACGGCCUGGGCACGAAGAGCGGCCGCGGGUUGGCCCUGGCCCUCCAGGAGAACAAGAGCCUCGCGUCGCUGGAUUUGGCCGCGAACGGCUUCGGCCCGGAC